AUGCACAAAAUCAGUAAAAUGUUCUUGAGAGAACUCUCUAAGACGCUCUAUGAGUGGCUUGCGACUAUGACACCACCACAGAGUAGCCAAAAUUUGAAUUCAGUCUCAGCAGUUGUCCCCCCAUUGAGAUUAUUUGAAAGCCAUGGUGUCCUUCCCGAGAAGGCAGAAGCGUGCUUUGGAACAGGAGCGAAUGUGAAUAUGUAUUGGUUAAGUUUACAGUGUCCAGCAACAAAUAUGAUUGCUAUUACUGAGAUGUACUAUGGUGUUAAAGAAUGGAAUACUUCCUGUCAACCACCAGUUAAUAAUGACUCGCUAACUAAUUGUUGUGUGUAUGACCAGUCAGCUGACUGUUUGGUUAACGUUUUUCACUCGAAGAAAUCUGCAACUUGGCCAAAGGUUUUUGAAAUAUUCCGUAAUUGUACAGGGUAUGAUAAUUGUAAUGAACAGGCGACGUGGCAUAGAGCUAUAGGGUGUGAAUCUGGAACCCAUUUCGACUACUCCAGUUAUAUGAUGGCAAAGUACCAGUGUAUUUCUGAUUCACAAAUUAUUCAGCCUAAUGGUGAUAUAGAAAUAUCAAGAUCAGACGUACACUUACAGAAUAUUGGUUAUCCGAAUAGUACUUCCGGUAACUCACAAAUGGCUUGUAGUAUCGAAGUGCCCUGCGAUUCCGCGUUAGAGUUAACGGCCAUUGAUGUACAACUUGGAUCUUCCACUGGUACCUUCGAUAGUUCCCAUAACAAUUUGUACGAGUACAGGGAAAUAAACCUUACAAACUCUCGACGAUUUCUAGUUAUAGAUAUUGAUUUUGCUGACGAUUCAAAAUUUUGGAUUUACAUAAAAGCAAACGAUAGUUCAACUUUAGAUAUUGCUUGCGGGAAUAACAAAAGAACAGUUCCUUUAGAUGACUGUCUUCCAACGACAACCGAAGAACCAACAACCACUGAACAACUAACACCAACAGAGGAGCCAACAACAACCGAGGCACCAAUAACUGGAACAUCGACCCCAGAUACACCAUCUACAACGGAGUUUAUAAACCAAGAAACCACAAAUAUAGUUCUUAAUAGUUCUUCAAUAACUCCAUCAAAUUUCCCUCAAGUUGGAUCUAAUAAUGAUGGUCAAGAUAGUGUCGGUUUGAUAGUGGGUAUAGUUUGUGGUGUAAUUGUAGGCCUCAUUAUAAUUAUAGCCAUCGCCGUUUACUUGUCUAAGAAAAAGAACAAGAAGAGUAGUGUAUCACCAGACUGUGCACCAUCAUCUGCAUACAAUAAAACCAGUGAAAAAAAGAAUCCAGCAUGUGAAACAAUAUCAAAUGGUAAUACAGUAUACUCAACAGCGCAAAGAACUGGUUUUCUGGGACCUGCACCAAAACCUAUAGGUCCUCUACCACCACAAAUACCACCAAGUAGUAGCAAAUUGGCCCCAUUGAAGAAGGAUCGACCUGUAAUGCAACCACCACAAUUACCAUCCCGUGGUAGCGAAUUAGGUCCCUUGAAGGAAGGUCGAAUGUUUACUCUCCCACCACAAAUACCACCCCUUGGUGGCGAAGUGGCCCCUUUGAAGGAGAGUAAAAACAUAACAGAUAUUGAAUCACCAGACUUAGACGAUGUCAGACAUUUCGUGAAUAAAAAGAAGCACGAAAAACAUUUUGAUUUUGAGAAAAAAAAAGGUGGAUCGGAAGUAAAAUUCACACUAGAAAAUGUUCUUGGUGUCGUAAAUGAAGAAAUGGAUUCACAAAAGGCCCAGGAAAGUGGAGAUACUGAAAAUCAUACAAACUUUUCACUUACACCUGGUCAUAGACCUAAAACCGGUCUUCCAGAGACCAGUAAUGUAGAUAAUCCUACAGAUAAAGAGAGAUCUAUGAUACAAGAGACUUCCUCUCCUCGAGCACCAUGUUUGUUAUUUACGACUGAAGAGAUCAAUGAUUAUAUAAAUCAUCUACAAACUAAAUUAAAUAGUUUAUAUAAAAACAUGCUGGAAACUAAAAGACACCUGAUUGAUGUUCUUCAAACACAAACUUAUGAUAAAAAAAGGAUAAACAAUCAACAACACCUUCUGAAUCGGCAGGAAGCGGAGUUGAUAUUUUACAGGAAAUUUUAUAAAACUGGUAAAAAUAAGGCUAAUGAGCAGAUUUGUGAGGAAAAUAAAAGACCUAAAGCACCACCAAAGACGGAAUUCUUCAAGUACUCCUUUGGAAGAAAGUUGAACAUCGAAAUGCACCCUGUAGAUGUAGAUCCCGACAUUAAAGAUGCUGUUGACCAAAGAGUCCAGGAUGUUCUACAAGUCCAGGCUGAUAACGAUAAAGAAAUCCCUUCACCAAGUCCAGAUUUUCAAAAUAUUCUUCACGUCAAUCAUCCAACAGAGGAAAGUAAAGAUUGGGAUUUUAAUUCAACAAGUCCUAAACCAGUGGUGCAUGGUGUUCCGCUAGAAUUUAGAGACAUAGGGUCAUCAACAACAGCUUCAAGCUCGAGUCCACUUGAAGAUACAUCCAAUGUCAGUGCAGAUUCCGAGGCAUUUGAGGAAUCAGAAAUUUACGAGGUUCCUCUCCAAUUUCGAGACAAAGGUAUCCCAAAUGUUUCAGAGAAAGACAAUACAUCUGGAUCCUUCGCAAUCGCUCUUACCGAAAGGAUGGAACAUCUGGUCAACAGUGUCCCAUCUAAGGAAGAAUUGGAUUUAAACACAGUUGAAAACAUCAACGAAACAAAAUUUCCAUCAAGAAGCCCAAGUCCAAAAAGAGAAGUCAAUGAUGAUGAAACUGUAUAUGGGGAGGUUUGUAAACCUGCAACUGAAAGUUUCCAAGACACAACCUAUCUCACCAGCUUGAUGGCCAGUAUUAAAGAUCUUUCUGCAGAAAUUUCCACAGAAACUGCACGGAAAAAUGUCAAUCUUCAAAAAAAUACCGAGUCACUAACAUGUAAAGAAAGUAGGGUCAUUGAGGAGAUAGAGAAAUAUGUCGGCAUUGAUAACGAAAUUUCACUUUCAACAGAAAUCACAAAAGAAACUGAACGACAAGAUGUUAAGAUUAUGGAUACCGAGUCAUUAACAGAAAAAGAAAGAAGGAUCAUAGAGGAGAUAGAGAAAUAUGUCGGCAUUGAUGACACUUCAGAUCCAUUUAUUAAUUCUUCAUUGGGAAAUAUGCACAACAUUCCAACAUCUGAUACUGAUAACUAUCAAAAACUUGAUUAUGCCAAUAGUCCAAACCAUUUGCCCAAAAGGGAGGUGAGAGCCUUGACAGCUUUAUCAGAAUGCAAGGCGAAGAAAAGUGUGAAUUCAAUGUCAAUAGAAGUGGGAAAAAGACGGUACCCUCUCCAACCUGUCUACAGAAGCAAUACACAGAAAACCAUUCUUCCACCUAUUAGACCUCAUAAUAAAACCAACAAACCAUCACAAUCCAAGUUCACCAGCCAAGAAAAGCAUGGACCUCUACCAAAUAUAACAACCGGUAAAAGCAGCACACCAAAACAAUCUGAACAGGUUUUAGAUAUUGAAACUAAUCACAAAAUGAAGUCAGACGAAAGCCAUUUUGGAUUAAAGUUAGAGUCAAAAAAUGAAUUACAUCUGCCAAAACUACCGACUGUCCAAACUGCACCAAUCAUCAAAGAUAUCAAACAUAGAACAGACAAAGUGUUCUGUCUUCCUCAAAUAAAGACAGCUUCGACGAAACCACAUUUAAGAAAUCAAAUCAAAACCGCAAUUCUUCCAGAUAAAUUGAAACCAGGACACACAUCGUCUCAAUAUACCGCUUCAACAUCAAGUACUACAAGACAUUUUACAAAGUCUGCUAACUACAAACCACCAAAAAUAUUACUUCCGGUUCUACCUAAAAUUUAUCAAUCAAAUCGUCGAAAGGAGAAACAACCACACAAAUUGCCACCUAUUUGUCACUUGGGACUUGAUAAUGUAUUUCCAUGUAGAAAAGAUUAA